AUGCCAGAGGUAAUUAAGAAGAAAGUGGUGAUUGGUAAUAGAGAAUUAACUGGAUUGACUGAUGUUCAAGCUAUGAUUCUUGCUGAGGUAAGAGAUGCUACUGUUAUUCCUAAUUUGAUAAAAUUAUGUCGGGAAGAAGGCUUUGCUAAUGUUAAAAUUCGAUAUGUUGGUAGGUUAUGGGUAUGGGUGAUGUUUGAAUCAGUGAAAUCAUGUAAGUCUUUCCCUGAUAAUGUUGGAAUUCAAAAUGUUUUUGCCCCAAAUUUAAGUCAAUUGGAUGAAGAAAGUUUUAUUCAAGAUGAUGAUCAAAUGCAUGGAUUAUCUUGUGAUGAAUCGGGAGAAAAUUUAGAAGACAACUCGGUGUAUGAUGACUAUGAUCCUGAAGGUGGGUAUGAUGGUUAUCAGGAAGGGUUAGUAGAAGAGGUUCCAGUGGAGGCGGAGGCUAGUGUUGGUCCUGAUGAUAACCAUGGUGGGGUAGAUAAUCAACAGUCAGAUUUUUGGGACAAGUUUAAGGCGAUUGAUAGUAAUGGAGAUGGCUUAGAAACCAACCAAAACUUUUGCAAUGAUCAGGGAUCAGACUUGUCCAAACCCCCUAGUUUUGGGGGGGAAAUUCGAGACCUUGGAAUCUUUGAAUGGGGGUAG